GCCAGCCAGCCCGGGAAUCUCUGAUUUGUGUAGCGAUAUCUCCAUCUGCUCAUCCGUUUGCCUGGGAAUCUGCAAUUCCUCCUCUUUUAGUGAUUUCGCCAUUCACAGCCGCCCUCCGACUACUCUGGCCGCAAUGAUUUCUCCGGCCAAGCUCUGCUUCAUCUCAAUCUCGACCUCUGAAGCCACCCUCGCUGCCGUCCAAAAGAUGUUAAUCGGUCACCAACUUGUGCCUCAUAGAGAUUUCAAUUACGUUCUUGACAAACAAGAAGCACAAUUUGAAGCAGGAAUGCGAAAGGACAGGCACAAGAGGAAGCCACUCCCUCUUUCAAAUAUCAGGAAUUAGCCGGAGAGUGACUGCGUCGGCUCGUGGAUGGGUGGUGGCGAACUGGCGAUGGUUUGAUAAAAAGGUGGUUGCUUGAGCGAAGGGCAGCGACUGCAGUGGUUUGCUGAAGGAUGUAUAGCUGUUACACCAGUGCUGGAGGAUGUCAACGACACACACCAGGAGGAUGGUUGCGAUGCAAAUAUACCAAGGGAUACUACCUCAGUUUGAUACAAGUGUCUUUACCAAAAACGCAGAACUUAUCCUCUGCUAAACGCAGCCUGCUGAGGGAGGAAGAAGAUGUUAAAUUGGAUUUGAUUUGCAAGUUUUUCUCAAUCGAGCUAUAUGGGUUUCUCUAUCUUAACGGCUACAAGUGGGUGUAACAAUGACUGCCUGAGACCGUCUCCGGUCUGGAGACCAUCAAGCUUGUUUUUCCAAUUAGGGCUCAAUCCUAGUCGGCCGACCACAACUCCCACCUCCCAUAAGACCGCAAUGUCCACACGGGCCUGCUCCUCUUCUCCUUCUCCAGAACCACUUCUGGUGAGGGCUGCAAGAAGAGAACAUGUGAGUCGCCCGCCGGCUUGGAUGAUGCGUCAAGCAGGAAGGUACAUGUCUGUUUACAGAAAGCUUGCAGAGAAACAUCCGUCUUUCAGAGAGAGGUCAGAGACAACUGAUCUCAUUGUGGAAAUUUCUUUACAGCCUUGGGAAGCUUAUCAUCCCGAUGGAGUUAUCAUCUUCUCUGACAUAUUAACCCCUCUUCCCGCAUUUGGUGUCCAAUUUGACAUUGAAGAGGUGCGGGGCCCAGUGGUUCAUUCUCCCAUUCGUUCUGAGGAAGGAUUGAGGGCGUUGCACUCUAUUGAUUUGGAAAAACUGCGUUUUGUGGGGAACUCCCUAAGGAUUUUGCGGGAAGAGGUUGGGGAGAACGCAGCAGUUUUGGGUUUUGUGGGAGCUCCUUGGACUAUAGCUACAUACAUUGUGGAGGGAGGAACUGCACGCUCGUUUACGACAAUAAAGGGCAUGUCCCAUUCUGCUCCACAUGUGCUUAAAGCUCUUUUGUCUCAUUUGAGCAAGGCAAUUACUGAAUAUAUCAUUUUCCAAGUUGAAUCUGGAGCUCAAUGUGUACAAAUAUUUGAUUCAUGGGGUGGACAAUUACCACCUCAUAUGUGGGACAGUUGGUCAAAACCAUACAUUGAUGAGAUAGUAAGUGUAGUCAAGAGGAAGUGCCCAACCACUCCGCUUGUACUCUACAUUAAUGGAAACGGGGGGCUUGUUGAGAGGAUGAAAGCUACUGGAGUUGAUGUUAUCGGGCUUGACUGGACGGUAGAUAUGGCAGAUGGAAGGAAGCGUUUAGGAAGUGAUGUCAGCAUACAAGGCAAUGUUGAUCCUGCUUCCUUAUUUUUCCCUCUCUCAGCUUUGACCGAUGAAAUCAAGAGGGUUGUAAGGUCUGCUGGAGCUAAGGGUCAUAUUCUAAAUCUAGGGCAUGGGGUGCUGGUUGGCACGCCGGAGGAAGCCGUCUCUCAUUUCUUUGAAGUUGCAAGAAGUUUCAAUUUCGAUUACGCAGCAGCAGCAGCUCAGGCACCUCCCUCUUAGAGUACAUUACUGCUGUGGAGAAAACGCAUGUUCUAAAAGUAAGAAGGCUAGUAGCAGGUGGGUGAUAAGUUUCCAAACAUGGGUCUACCACUCGGCCCCUAUAGAGCGCCACCUCACAAUUUAUUCCUUGAUUGUUGCUUUUAUAGAUUGAGGUAGAUUUUAAUGAGAAACAUAGAUGGAUGGCUAAGCAUAUUCAUGUCAAAUUUGGUUGGGUACUUAUACUUUGGGACGAUUCUGGUGAAUUUGGCCGGAUACUUUAUUGAA